UACGUAUAACAGACUUUAUUUACCGGUUCAGUAUAUACCAACGGUUUGGUUUUAUUUGGUUUUCUCUUAGCUUAUUCAAUUUUUUACUUGAGAAUUAGUUAGUUUGGUUGGAUCCGGUUUAGUAGUUUUUCGAUUUUGGAAAUUUAAGUAAACCAUAUAUUUUCAUUUAGAAACGGCCAGAAAAUCAAAGAAAUUCUAGGGCCUUUUUUCUGCCGUAGUCUCUCUAUUUUAUGCACAAUAUUUUUUUUUGAACGUCUGAAAUCGAUUAUUAUCGAUUAAUUAUGAUAUUACAGUAAUGAAAAUAUUACAAAGACGGUUUUACAGCCGACAAAUCUAUUAAACUGUGAGAAUAUACGUCUGAAUGCACCAUUCUGAACCGUCCUAUGAGAUCCAUGUUCUAUGGUACGUCUUGCACCAAGCUGAAAAUCUCUUGUAACAUUUUUUUCCAUGAUUUGCAUAAUUUGGUCUUUUCUGGGUUUGAAUCCCAGAUCUCCGGAUGUAGAAGCAAUUAAACCCUUAGUCAAACCAUUGGACAAGGGAACUUCCACAGAGAUUGUCCCGGUUCUUCACGAACCGGUUUCUUCUGUUCUUGGCCAGAUUUCAUUCUCCGUACGGUUAACGAACCGACACUGGUUUCUCCAGCACAGAGACAUUAACGCUGUUCCAGACAUCGGUUCUUGUUGGUAAACCGGCAAUCCUCUCAGCAACCUCCAUGUCUUCAGGCAAAACAGAGCCGAAAACAGUGGGUUCAAUGCAUCAUGUCAUCAUCAAAAACAACAUGCUGAUUCUUCAAGUAAGCUGCAUAGAUUCAUCAGGCUCGCUUGUGGUCUACACUCCAGUGGAUCUACCAGCACUGAACAUGGCAAUGAGUGGUCAAGAUACAUCUUACAUCCCCAUUUUACCCUCUGGUUUUGCUGUUUUACCAGACGGAAACAGGAAUAAUCAACUUGCAGAAAUUAAAGCUGAAGGAGGAGGAAGUGGUGGUUCACUGAUAACGGUUGGGUUUCAGAUAAUGGUGAGUAGUUUGCAGUCAGGGAAAUUGAAUAUGAGUCAAAUGAAACAGUUAAUAACCUCAUCAGUUCCACUGUCCACCACAUUAAAACCGCCAUGAGUUGUCCUUCAACUGCGUGAGGACGCCAUUAAACGCAAAGUUAUUAAGCACUUACUUUGCCUUCAAUGCCAGCAAAGAGUGUAAGAAAAUCAUUACUCUUCUGGUUAUAUGUCUCCACUUUUCACUCUCUUGUUCUGUUUUUGUUUUUGAAGUUUUUGUGUGUGUACGUUUGAAAUGGUAAAAUAUUUAGUGGGAGGUUGAGUCAAGAACGCACCAUGCUCUUUGUGUAUGGUUCGGGCAUUGACUUCUGUUUGUUUCUUUUGUCUAGUUGCAAACUGUUAAGUUACUUUUUUCUUAGCUAAAUUUCUUC